AUGACUAUUCUGAAGUUUGUGCUCAUUUUCUCCUGCUGUGUGAUUUUCACCACUUCCGCCUUGUUGCCGCAUCCUCACCGGGUACAUCGACAUCUAAGACAGUAAGUUGAACGUUUCGAAAUUACAGGUAUCUGUCAUAUUCUCCCGUUUUCAGUGACUACACAUUCGAAAGAAACUGCUUCUUCUCGCCAGCCCAAUGUCUACUCGGAAACUUCCCGAGAAGUUCCAGUUUGCAACCAAUGCUCAACGUUUUCGAGGACAGUUCCCUGACCAAGAUCUACUCCCGACUUUUGAUCUCCAAUAACAAACCGUCUUUUUUCGGCUCCAGGAAAUAG